CUUUAAUACUCGGGGUCGUGUUGAAGACAGUUUUAGUAAAUAAUAGUCAAAGGGAGAAGAGCACAUCUUCUGCUGCACCUACAAGUUCUACAAGUCAUGAGUGGAUGUCCGUACUUUGAGAAGAGGCAUUUGUUAUUCAAAAACAAGCCUCCAAAAACAGAGGACGAGGACGAUGCCUCUCAGGCAGGAGUUAACAAGGCCAGCCAAGGAGGAAUCAUUUAUGGAGACUAUCUGCAGCUGGACAAAGUUCUGUCUGCUCAGGUGCUGCAGAGUGAGUUAAAGGGGAAUAAGAUCCACGAUGAGCACCUGUUCAUCGUCACCCAUCAAGCGUAUGAACUGUGGUUCAAACAAAUUCUGUUUGAACUCGAUUCCGUGAGAAACAUCUUCAUCAGUGGACACGUCCGAGACGAACGCAACAUGCUGAAGGUCAACAACCGCAUCCUCCGGAUCGUGAGAAUAUUCCGACUGCUGGUGGAACAGUUCACGGUUUUGGAGACUAUGACGCCCUUGGACUUCUUUGACUUCAGAGAAUACUUGGCUCCAGCCUCCGGAUUCCAAAGUCUUCAAUUUCGUAUUUUGGAGAACAAAAUCGGGGUCCCGGACAACCUGAGGGUUCCGUACAACCGGCGCCAUUACAGGGACAACUUCAAGGGUCAGGAGAGCGAGAUGCUGCUCGCCACCGAGCAGGAGCCCACGCUCCUGAAGCUGGUGGAGGAGUGGCUGGAGAGAACGCCCGGCCUGGAGGCGGAUGGAUUCAAUUUCUGGGAAAGGCUGGAAAUCAAUAUAUUCAAAGGGCUGAACCAGGAGAAGGAGAAAAUUGAGAAAAUGGCAGACUGUGAGGAGAAGGAGGAGCUGAUGGCCGAGCUGGUCAAACAGAAAGAGCUCUUCACUUCUCUGUUUGAUGAAAAGCGCCACGACCACCUCCACAGCAAAGGUGAGCGGCGUCUCUCUUACAAGGCUCUCCAAGGCGCCCUGAUGAUCUACUUCUACAGGGAGGAGCCGAGGUUCCAGGUUCCCUUCCAGCUGCUCAUGUCCCUCAUGGAUAUUGACACCCUCAUGACCAAAUGGCGCUACAAUCACGUGUGCAUGGUGCAUCGCAUGAUUGGCAGCAAGGCCGGCACAGGAGGCUCGUCCGGGUACCACUACCUGAGGUCCACCGUCAGUGACCGCUACAAAGUGUUCGUGGAUCUGUUCAAUCUGGCGACGUUCCUGGUGCCUCGCCACUGGGUCCCCAAGCUCAACCCCAACAUCCACAAGUUCCUCUACAUGGCCGAAUGCUGCGACAGCUCCUACUUCAGCAGCGAGGACUCCGACUAGCGGCCCGCUGGUCUUCAAGGUACCGGGUGUUCUACACCGCUGAAAGGCGUCAGCGACCGGUGUGAAGAUGAGCGAGGGAAUCAUCUUGCAUCUCAGUUGGGUGAGGAGGGGGUUCCGGGUUGGGGGAAGAGGAUGUUGGAGAGAAAACAUCAUUGGACACCCAAAACAUCCAUCAAUUUUAGUUUUGGGAUCGCGACCGCUAUGCUGGAUAAAAGACAUGGAAGACAUAUGUUGACAUUGAGGUCAAGAAUUGAUCUUUUUUGUCUUUUUGUCGUGGCCAAAUGGGCCUGUUUUACUCUAAUCUCUGGUCGCCCAGUGACGAGUUAAGCAGAUGGCUCCUUGAUGAAAUUUGCUCAGAUGUUUUCUCAACACAAUUAUGUAAAGUAGCUGCGACUGACCUGAAAGCAAAUGGAUCGGUGAGUGGGGAUCAAACCUGGUGGGUUUUAACAAACGCAUUAUCUUUCAUGUCAGCACGGACGCCGUGUCAGAGACGCUGUUGACACCAUAAUCAACCUCUGUAUUAUCAAUUAGUGCCAUAUGUAAAAUAGAACUGUUUAGUAGCUUGUAAACGUAAAACACAAACUAUAUCAUUUGUACAUAAUGUUAAUAAUGGGUAUUUGUAUAGAAUGCUAUAUUAUAUUCCAUUGAUUUUGAUGGUUAUUUAUGCAGUGAUGAUCUGUGUGGAUACAUUUAUUAGACAUAUCAACCAAAACGUGUAUCUAAUCUUUUUUGUACUGUGCAUUUAUCUUCAUAUUUCUGUGUUUGUGUCGAUUGUCCUCAGGUGUGAUGCAACAUUUAUAAGCAUAUAAAGCCAUUUAUUUUGUUUAAGUCAUCUAACGUUUCAAUAAAAACAUUAUUUAAAGCGA